AUGGAAACCAGGGAUACGCUACAAGAAUCUGCUAUGGACAACAUCGGUGAUGCUGGAUAUGAGGAGAAUUUAUUCUUCGAUCUUGGGACCGGUGAUGAUAGUAGUUCUGAGGAUGGUGAUGAUAGUAGGUUAGAUGAUACGGAUACCUCUACGGAUACAAGUUCUCCAUCGAAAGGCAACCAUUCCGGCGGUGGCAAGGCCAACUAUAUGGAAAGGAAGCUGGCAAUGUCGAUUAUGACAAGGAAAUGUUCGGAAGUGCCGCAAAUGUUGGGGAUAGAUAUGGAGGAUAUUACAAAGUUGGCAUUGUUACUAAGGAUAUUUACAACUAUUGUUCUAAGAACAAGAGGUCAAGAAUCGCAGAAGGUGAUGCAAGGACAGUUCUAG